AUGGGCUAUUUUGGCAUUCCAGUGGAUCAUGUACAUGGUCAGGUGCCUGUGGGUAGAGCAACCCUUGGCCGCAUUAUGAAUGUCAUUGGAGAGCCUAUUGAUGAGAGAUGCGAUAUUAAAACCGAUCACUAUUUACCAAUUCAUCGUGAAGCUCCAGCCUUUCUCGAGCAAGCAAUUAACAGCAAAAUUCUUGUCACUGGUAUCAAGGUCGUCGAUCUUCUUGCACCAUACCAAAGAGGAAAGAUUGGGUUGUUUGGUGGUGCUGGUGUAGGAGAGACUGUUCUUAUCAUGGAACUGAUUAACAAUGUUACAAAAGCUCAUGGUUGGUUUUUGAUAUUAUGCAUUAUUUCUUAUAGAACCCUGCCUUAA